UCAGAUCCUACAGCUCCAGCUGUUGUUAACUUUGUGAAAGAAAACAGAGACAUCCAGGAGCUCCGUCAGAGCUGUGGAGGAAGAUAUGUUGUUCUCAACAUCAAAUACGAACAGCAGAUUCCCUGGUUGUUGGAAGCUGUGGAAAAGAUGGGAGUUGAAGGAUCCAGAUGCUUCACAAAGGACAUGUUCACCAAAGCUCAGAUGGAGAAGGUUUUAAAACUUAAUGCUGAACUGCAGGAUGUAAAACAGAGUGAGAUGGGAGGUGAUGAUGAAACUCAGAGCAACGAGAGUCUUAGGAUGGUGCUGAUUGGGAAGACUGGCAGUGGGAAGAGUGCAACAGCAAACACCAUUUUAGGAAAAAAACAUUUCAAACCCAGAAUCGCCCCGAAGCCAGCAGCCAAGUCUUGUGAGAAAGCAACAGGAGAUAUUGAUGGCCGACCUGUGGCUGUGGUCAACACCCAUGCAUUGUUCGACACGACUCUGUCUGAUGAUGAAAUUCAAAAGGAGAUCAAAAAAUGCAACCGCAUGUUGUCUCCAGGACCUCAUGUGUUCUUACUGGUGCUGCAGAUCGGGAACUUUACACAGGAGGAAAAAGACUCUGUGGAACUGAUCAAAAAGUAUUUUGGCAAGAAGUCUGAAGAUUUCAUCAUCGUUAUAUUCACCAGAGGAGAUGAUCUGGAAGAUCAGUCAUUUGAGAGCUACAUCAACGACUGUCCUGACUUUGUUAAAAAACUCAUUAAUGAUUGUGGAGGGAGAUACCAGGUCUUCAACAACAAAGAUUACACAAACCGCACACAAGUUAGUGAUCUGCUGACCAAAAUCGAGACCAUUGUGAAGGAAAAUGGUGACUGCUGCACCACUGAGAUGUUGGACAGUACAGACAAGGUCAUACAAAUACAAGUGGAGAGCAUUUUGAAAGAGAAGGGCGAAGAGAUGAAGAGAAAGGAGAGGGACCUCAGGAGAAAACAUGAGGAAGACUUGAAAACAUUGAAAAGGAAAAUCAGUGAAAUGGAACAGGAGAAAAAACUGGCGGCAAAACAGCUAAAGGACAAAGACGAAUGCAUCAACAAGGAGCGCCAGGAGAGAAAGAAAGAACGGGAGGAAGAGGAAAGGAGAAGGAAAAAACUGGAAGAAAGUCAGCGCCAGGAAUGGAGAAGAAAAUUGGAUGCAUCUGACAAAAUAGUUCAAUCAGAAAGACAGCUAAGGGAAAAUGCUGAGAGGAAGCUGGAGCUGUCUAGAAAGGAGGAGAAGAGAAUUCGAGAGGCCUGGGAUAAAGAAAGAAAGGAAACCUGGGAACAAAUCCGUCAGGAGGAUAAAAAGAGCCUGGAGGAGGGGAAAACAAGCUUCAGAAAGCUCCAAGAAGAGUACCACCGUAAAAGAAGAAAAUGGACAUUUUCUUUGUUUGUGCUGCUGCUUUUUCUGUUAUUUUUAUUAUAUUAUGUAUUUCUCAGUCACUCAAACGCACAAACUACAGAGAGCGCUAGGACAAAAGAACACACAUGAAGAGUUUUACAACUUGCUAGGCUGAUUAAGGGGACACAUUUACAUUUAAGCACUACUACAUGAUGUAAAAUAAAAACAACCAUGUAAACAUUAAUUUUACAACAACGCUCAAUAUCAGUCUGAAGUUUGAUUUUCUAGUGCAGCUGGACACUUUUUAAAUCCAUCAGGAUACAGACGCACUAUAAAGAGUUGGUUCAUUACAACUACUAUUAUUAUUGGUACAUAACUAAUCACUCCACAGCAGAGGUAGUUACAUUACAUUACAUGUAUUACUUUAUUAAUCAGCCCAUCUCCACACUGUAGCAUAGCUCUGGUGACUGCAUGCAGCUUCAUUCAGCGAGUAGUGUAAGAACUCAUUGCUGAGUAAUGUAUUACUGCCCAACACUGCUCAAAAGCAAUCAGACAUUUUACCACUGCCAUCCGUGUUUCCUGCAUUUGUAGCACAAACACCUUAAAGUUGGGAACCACAGUUUUCCCACCUUUGACUCAGAAUAUGAGACUCAUGCAUCAGCUGGACGUACAUGAGCUACAGAUUACUGAGGUUUAGAGUAAUGACUCAGAAUCAUGACCAGCUUAACUUAUUCCCUAUGGUGAGAACAGUUCCUCAAGUCACUGCCAAAAAGUUAAAGUCAACUGCUGAUGCUUUUCUAUUUCUGCAAUAGCACAUAAGCAUAAAUGAGAACUAGGUUCCAUCCUCUUUUUUAAUAAGCACAUUUUCCCAAAGAAGUCAGGUGAUUAAAAAUAUAUUGAGAAGUUUGGAUAAGCCAGUAAACUUAUUUUUUUAUUAUAAUUUUCUGGUUCACUGGCAAAGCCGGUUUUAUUGUAAUUCAUCUUUGAUUUCUCCUUUUAAGCACGUCACAUUCACAUUGUUGUACCUUUUUAAUAGUAAAAAUAGUUUAAAGCUGGAACCUGCCUCUCCAGGCAUGCACAUGGAUCAUUUGGGUUGUUGCUGUUUCUUUUACACUUUUACACUUACUUUGAGUAUAAUGUGUGUGUUUUGUUUAUCUUGUCUGUUUCUGCCUCCCUGCAUGAAGUUGGGUCCCACAGAGGCGUUUAUCUUCAGAGGACCAUGAUUCCAGUUAAUUCUGUUUCCUCAGGCUGUUCUUUGGAUGACUGUUAGUUGUAUAUUUCUAAAUCUGAUUAAGUGUUUAAGUUGUGUUCGCUGUCUCAGUUACCAAACAAAAUAUACUGCAGGUCAAACUAACAAGAAUCCCAUUAAAUGAUUGUGGCAUCAUUUCAUUGUAUGCUAUGUAACCAUAUAGCUGAUAAAUCUAACACAUUAUGAGACACAGUGAUGGAUUAGGAGAUAAUUUAGUUAUAUUUCUAAUAUAAUAGUGAAUUACAUUGAGGAAAUAUCUUUUGUCUCCCUUAUAAUGUAUGUUUAUAUUAGAGGUGGAUGGCAAUGUUUUCUUUUGUUUGUAAUAUUACUGAAUAUAGAACUGUUACAGCCUCUGAUUCUGUUAAAGAUUGUGACUAUUGUUUAAUCCACAGACACUACCUAGAAAUGACUCAUAUUGUUUAUGAAAUACAAACAUAAUAGAAAGUAACAAUAAUAUUUAAAGUUUUAGUAUAAUUUAAAAAAAAUAGUUUUUUAGUUUAUAUGUUUUACCUGUUUGUUGGGAAAAUGAAAUGUACAUUUGUGAUUUAUCAUUGAUCAUGUGAGUUUAAUAGGCUUCCAAUAAAUCUGCUUUAACAGUG